AUGACUCUGGAUACUAACAAUGUCGCAUUAUCAGCAACAUUGCUUGUUCUUCUGCAUUUGUCUAUGCACGUGGUAGACGAAGGGCAAGCUGUCAAUCCUAGUUGCUCGUGUAUAACAUUCUCUUCGACGUACGGUAAAGAACGUGGAAUAUUCAGCAGUCCUGACUAUCCACUACCAUAUCCGAGAGGCAUCUGUCUUUUAUAUACAUUCAUAGCUGCCCCGCAUCAAAUUGUUGAGCUGAUGUUUACAGACUUCGAUGUUUACAAAGAAAAUCUUGACUGUAUACGAGGUGAUUAUCUGAAAGUAUACUGGGAAGUUCAGGGACCUGGACCUCCUGGUGUCAUCAAUGAGCGUUCAGCGUGGGCCAGAAUACUCUGCGGUAAUAGGGCUGAUGCUCCUCCAGCCCUGUACUCUCCAGGUUCUUCGCUUGUACUGGAAUUCCAUUCUGAUAUCCACAAGAAUAAUGCUACGGGAUUUCUCGGAACUUACAGUUUCAUUGAAAGACGUCUGUUCGAAACAGAAGGCGUCCGGAUACCCGGAACGGAAUGCGACUACCAGUUUAGCCGUUCCGUCAAUCGACCCACACACGGCCGGUUAUACAGCCCACGAUACCCUUCCAUUUACCCGAAUAAUGUUCGCUGCUCUUAUCAUUUCCACGCCAGGCCAAAGGACCGGGUGAAAGUUGUUUUCGAAGAAGUCUCCCUACAAAAGGGGGAUAUAAGUUGCCUGCGUCGGGCGGAUAUCAUCAAAGUGUUCGACGGUAGAGACACAAACGCACCGGCCAUCGCAAUGUUGUGCAACGAACUAACAGGUUAUGAAGUAUUAUCGACGGGUUCAUACUUAUUGUUACAAUUCACUGCCAACUCCGUAUCUCCGGGACAAGGCUUCGCUGCCACUUUCCAUUUCCAACCACCACCAGAUUCCACAGCAGCAGAUUCCGAUCGCCUCCUGAAAUUGAGUUUUGGAAAAGCCUUCGAGUCUCUGGGGCCAGAAGUUAGCGCAACAACCACUAACGAUAAAAUUGACGAAGCUAAUUACAGUAACCGUUAG